CCAGCUCUUGCUAAUCAACCCCGCUUUCAAUCAGAACCGUCAUAAUGUCUCUCUCCAACAAGCUCGCUAUCACUGACGUCGACCUCAAGGACAAGCGUGUCCUCAUCCGGGUCGACUUCAACGUCCCCCUCAACGACAAGAAGGAGAUCACCAACAACCAGCGUAUCGUCGGUGCCCUCCCCACCAUCAAGUACGCCGUCGAGAAUGGCGCCAAGGCCGUCGUCCUCAUGUCCCACCUGGGCCGUCCGGAUGGCAAGAAGAACGACAAGUACAGCCUGAAGCCCGUGGCUGCCGAGCUGGAGAAGCUGCUCGGCCGCAACGUCAUCUUCUCCGAGGACUGCGUUGGCAAGCAGGUCGAGGAGAUCGUCAACAAGGCCUCUGGUGGCCAGCUCGUCCUCCUGGAGAACCUGCGCUUCCACCCCGAGGAGGAGGGAAGCUACAAGGAUGCCGAGGGCAAGAAGGUCAAGGUCGACAAGGAGCAGGUUGCUGAGUUCCGCAAGGGACUUACUGCUCUGGGUGAUGUCUAUAUCAACGACGCGUUCGGCACUGCCCACCGCGCCCACAGCUCCAUGGUCGGCGUCGAGGUGCCGCAGAAGGCUUCCGGCUUCCUGGUGAAGAAGGAGCUCGACUACUUCGCCAAGGCCCUGGAGAACCCCGCGCGCCCCUUCCUGGCCAUCCUCGGCGGCGCCAAGGUCUCCGACAAGAUCCAGCUGAUCGACAACCUGCUGCCCAAGGUCAACAGCCUGAUCAUCACGGGCGCCAUGGCCUUCACCUUCAAGAAGGCCCUGGAGGGCGUCAAGAUCGGCAACAGCCUCUUCGACGAGGCCGGCGCCAAGAUCGUCGGCGACGUCGUCGAGAAGGCCAAGAAGCACAACGUCAAGCUGGUCCUCCCCGUCGACUACAUCACCGCCGACAAGUUCGCCGCCGAUGCCAACACCGGCAAGGCCACCGACGCCGAGGGCAUCCCCGACGGCUACAUGGGCCUCGACGUCGGCGAGAAGAGCGUCGAGCUCUACAAGCAGACCAUCGCCGAGUCCAAGACCAUCCUGUGGAACGGCCCCUGCGGUGUCUUCGAGCUGGAGCCCUUCGCCAGCGGCACCAAGAACACCCUCGACGCUGUCGUCAAGGCCGCCCAGGACGGCGCCAUCGUCAUCAUCGGCGGUGGUGACACCGCCACCGUCGCGGCCAAGUACGGCGCCGAGGACAAGCUCAGCCACGUCUCCACCGGUGGUGGUGCCUCGCUUGAGCUCCUGGAGGGCAAGGACCUCCCCGGUGUUUCCGCUCUGUCCAGCACGGGUCCUAAGCUGUGAGAGCAGUACGCUUGGGUUUCUCGCCUGAACACUAUCGUCUAAUGAGUAUGGUUCACACUAAUGAGGGCAAUUGACUUGAUUCCUUGAAGAGACUGG